AUGGCGCGCUCCAGAGCAUGGGACGGCUCCGAAGUCCAUGAGGACCACAUCGACUUCCUCCGCCAGACGCGGCGGCUGCCCGGCAAAGACUACGUGAAGAGCCCCCUCCUCCAGCCGGCCGCCGGCGCCGCGGGGCCGGAGUGUCAAUUCCUCCCUGACCGAGCGGAGCGCGACGUGGAUGACCCCGACUUGGGGGCGGCGGCCUUGGAGGAUGACGCCGAGGAAGGAGGCGGUGGCGCAGGCAGCUCAGGGCUCGGAGCCGGCCUCGAGGACUGGCCCGACGACGAUGCGGGGGAAGUCGCCCCGCGUCACCAGCUAGGGUCCGACCAGCCGGGCGCGAGCUCAUCCGCCGCGCCGGACGCCCAGGGUGGUGCGAAGAAACGCAGGGCCGCGCCGAGCUUGUUCGGCAGCCGGCCGAAAAAGCCCAAGGGUUCAGCCGUGGCGACCAAGCGGGUUGAAGCGGCCGCGAAGGCCCUCUCCUUCCGCAAGGCGGUGAAGGAGCCGCAGGCCCCACUCUCCCUUGAUAAGUCGGCCACCGCCUCCAUCGUUGGGUCGGCGGAGACUUCUGCCACCACCCGGCGAAUCGACCCGGCCGCCGACCUCCGGGAGGCAACGGAGCGAAACACGCGGGAGGCGCGCGAGGAGCAGGAGGCCGCCCGCCUGGAGAAGGCGGAAGCAGAAAGGGCGGAGGCUGCCGCCCUGAAGAAGCUGGCGGAAGCCGAAGCAGCCGUCGCGGCGAAGAAGCAGGCUCAAGAAGCCGCGCGCCACCAGUCAGCGAUAUUUGUCACUCCCCUGAACUCCGCGCCGCCACCACCGGAGUUCGUGGCGCAGACUGUGGAAGCCGGCGGUGAGCACCCUAUUAUCGAGAAGGAUGGCGGGGACGCCGCCAUGCCGGACGUGAUCGUGCCUCCAUCGCCGUAG